AUGACUGCGGAGCUGGAGCAGGACGACGCGGCCGGAGGAGCCGAUGGCCGCGGCUCGAGCUCCCGAAUGCUGUUAAAUCAGCUGAGAGAAAUCACGGGCAUUCAGGAUCCUUCCUUCCUUCAAGAAGCUCUGAAGGCCAGUAAUGGUGACAUCACUCUGGCAGUCAGUCUUCUCACAGAUGAAAGAGUGAAGGAGCCCAAUCAAGACACUGUUGCUACAGAACUAUCUGUAGAAGCGCGGAAUGCUGCCAACAGAGAAGCGUUAGCCAAAAUAAUAGACCUUACUCAUGAGAAUAAAGAUGAUCUUCAGGCUGCCAUUGCUUUGAGUCUACUGGAGGCCCCCAAAAUUCAAACUGAUGGAAGAGAUCUUAACAGGAUGCACGAGGCAACCUCUGCAGAAAAUAAACGCCCAAAGAGGAAACGCUGUGAAGUCUGGGGAGAAAAUCCCAAUCCCAAUACCUGGAGGCGAGUCGAUGGUUGGCCAGUUGGGCUGAAAAAUGUUGGCAAUACAUGUUGGUUUAGUGCUGUUAUUCAGUCUCUCUUUCAAUUGCCUGCAUUUCGAAGACUUGUUCUCAGCUAUAGCCUGCCACAGAGUGUACUUGAAAUUUGCCCCAGUAACACCGAAAGGAGAAAUGUCAUGUUUAUGCAAGAGCUUCAGUAUUUAUUUGCUCUGAUGAUGGGAUCAAAUCGCAAAUUUGUAGACCCUUCGGCAGCCCUCGAUCUCUUAAAGGGAGCAUUCCGAUCACCUGAGGAACAGCAGCAAGAUGUGAGUGAAUUCACACACAAGCUUCUGGAUUGGCUGGAGGAUGCAUUCCAGCUCACUGUUAAUGCUAACAGCAAUCACAAGAACAAAUCUGAAAAUCCAAUGGUGCAGCUAUUCUACGGUACUUUCCUCACUGAAGGGGUUCGUGAAGGAAAACCCUUUUGUAACAAUGAGACCUUCGGCCAGUAUCCCCUUCAGGUAAAUGGCUAUCACAACUUAGACGAAUGUUUGGAAGGGGCCAUGGUGGAAGGUGACAUUGAUCUGCUUCCUUCUGAUCAUUCAGUGAAGUACGGACAAGAGUGUUGGUUUACAAAACUACCUCCAGUGUUAACCUUUGAACUCUCAAGAUUUGAGUUCAAUCAGUCCCUUGGUCAGCCAGAGAAAAUUCAUAAUAAGCUGGAGUUUCCUCAGAUCAUUUAUAUGGACAGAUACAUGUACAGAAGCAAAGAGCUUAUUCGAAGUAAGAGAGAAAGUAUUCGAAAGUUGAAGGAGGAAGUGAAAGUCCUGCAGCAAAAACUGGAAAGGUAUGUGAAAUAUGGCUCGGGCCCAGUUCGGUUCCCACUCCCCGACAUGUUGAAAUACGUUAUUGAAUUUGCUAGUACAAAACCUGCCUCAGAAAGCUCUACGUCUCAGAGUGACACAAGCAUGACAUCACCACUUUCUCCAGUGCAUUGCCCAGCGUCUGACCUCACAUCCAAGGAAAGCACAAGUGAAGAAAGCUCUUCUCAGGACGUUGGGAGCACCUUUUCUGAAGACGGUCCACACAAGUCUACGACAGUGACUACUCCACUGACAUCUUCCCAGUCUCCUGUGUCAAUGCCUGUACACCCAGCUCCCCGAGCAGACACCCAGGAGGAAAUCAACUUCGUUAAGACCUGUCUCCAAAGGUGGAGGAGGGAAAUUGAACAGGAUAUACAAGAUUUAAAGAACUGUAUUGCAAGCACUACCCAGACUAUCGAGCAGAUGUACUGUGAUCCUCUCCUUCGCCAGGUGCCUUAUCGCCUGCAUGCAGUGCUCGUUCAUGAAGGACAGGCAAACGCUGGACACUACUGGGCCUAUAUCUACAACCAGCCCCGGCAGGUCUGGCUCAAGUACAAUGACAUCUCUGUGACCGAAUCUUCCUGGGAAGAACUUGAAAGAGAUUCCUACGGAGGCCUGAGAAAUGUCAGUGCUUACUGUCUGAUGUACAUUAACGAUAAGCUACCUAACUUCAAUGCAGAGGCAGCCCCAAAUGUAUCAGAUCUGAUGUUAGAAGAAUUGGAAGCCUUAUCUGUUGAACUUAAGCACUACAUUCAGGAAGAUAACUGGAGAUUUGAACAGGAAGUAGAUGAGUGGGAACAAGAGCAGUCUUGCAAAAUUCCUCAAAUAGAAUCUUGUACCAACUCAACAUCUCAGGAUUUCUCUACACCACAAGAGCCUUCAGGGGCCUCUGCCCAUGGGGGUCGCUGCUUGUCGGCUGAGCAUGCUGUGAUUGUCAAGGAGCAGACCGCCCAGGCCAUUGCGAACACCGCGCAGGCCUAUGAGAAGAAAGGUGUCGAAGCAGCCUUAAGUGAGGCAUUCCACGAAGAGUACUCCAGGCUCUACCAGCUGGCCAAGGAGCCGCCCCCCUCUCACAGCGACCCUCGGCUGCAGCACGUGCUCGUCUACUUUUUCCAAAACGAAGCACCCAAGAGGGUGGUGGAGCGGACCCUUCUGGAACAGUUUGCAGAUAAAAAUCUUAGCUAUGAUGAAAGGUCCAUCAGCAUCAUGAAGGUGGCGCAGGCUAAGCUGAAGGAGAUUGGUCCAGACGACAUGAAUAUGGAGGAGUACAAGAGGUGGCAUGAAGAUUACAGUUUGUUUCGGAAGGUGUCUGUGUACCUCCUGACAGGCCUGGAACUCUAUCAGAAAGAAAAGUACCAAGAAGCCCUCUCCUACCUGGUGUAUGCCUACCAGAGCAACGCCACUCUGCUGACCAAGGGGCCCCGCCGCGGCGUGGAGGAGUCCGUGAUCGCUUUAUACCGCAGGAAAUGCCUUCUGGAGCUGAAUGCCAAAGCAGCUUCUCUCUUUGAAACCAAUGAUGACAACUCACUAACAGAGGGCAUUAAAAUGAUGAAUGAGUUGAUCAUUCCCUGCAUUCACCUCAUCAUCAAUAAUGACAUCUCUAAGGAUGACCUGGAUGCCAUUGAGGUCAUGAGAAAACACUGGUGCUCUUACCUGGGCCAAGAUAUUGCAGAGAAUCUGCAACUGUGCUUAGGGGAAUUUCUACCCAGGCUUCUGGAUCCUUCUGCAGAAAUCAUUGUAUUGAAGGAGCCUCCAACUAUUCGACCCAAUUCUCCCUAUGACCUUUGCAGCCGGUUUGCAGCCGUCAUGGAGUCAAUUCAGGGGGUUUCAGCUGUGACCGUGAAGUAA